AUGAGAUUCCUCGCAUCAUUUCUGCUGGCCGCCCAGACGGUUCAAGCAGUGAGACUAUCCUGGUACAUAAGCACUGGAUGCAAAGGGGCGUUUCUUUAUGCAGCCGAGCACGACGACAUUAUCUUCUGCGAAAAGCUCGAUUCGGCUACGGUCACUGCGGAGUCACUGGUUGUCUCUUUUGACGGCCCCAACGACAGCGACCUCGAGGUAGUGCUUUAUGGCGACGAAGCCUGCAGUACUACCAGUAUACUCGACUUCCACGAUGAACUCGUUUGUCAUGGCGAUAAGCGCGACGACGUCAAGGCAUAUUCAGUAGUCUACAAGAACGCUAGAGCCCAUUCCACCAAACCCGUUGCUAAACGGAGCCCCCGGCAGCGCAGCCCCGAUCAGAUGGAGGCCAAUGCCGACGAGAAUAUCAUGGGAUCUGCAAAACACUACGACCUCGCCUUGUACAAUGGCUCCGGCUCUUUCGCAGAAGUAGCAGCAAUCCCUUCAAACAACCCUUACCUUAGCGCGCUUGUCAGGCCCGCCAUCAGCGCUGGAGCAUCAGCUGUGGGCUUCGUCUCUCUUGUGACCGGAUGCAUUGGCGUAGACAGCGCGACCGCAAUCCCACAGACUAGCUGCGCAUUAGCGAUAACCGCGACCGGAAUCUCUUUCAUCAUGGCUCUUUGGAGUUUCUACGAGAACGUCACCAAUCUGAGAGCACACAUGAGAAACAACGCUUUCCAACUCGGUGGCCGAAACCCAGCUAGGAGGGGAUUGGACGGAACACCAGAGGAACCGGAACUAUCGCACGAGGAAUACAUGGAGUCCAUCUUGCGAACAGCCGGAUACGAGGGCAAGUACCUUGGCCGGACGACGCGCGAUGGAGACAUGGAGACGCCCGCGUACCAAUUCACCGGUAAAGACGGACUGGAAUAUGUUUACACGACCCGCCGUGAAGCGAACGAUGAUAUUGGACACUCACUCUCGUUCGCUCACCAAGUCAAGAUCGAAAAACGCCAGGGCUACGAGGGUGUGGUUGUCGAUGGUGGGGUUGACAUUCAAGCCUGUCAGCGGAACACUCCCGGUGCGGACUGGUCAGACAUGCCGUGGUCAGGAGAGGUUGCGUAUGAUUAUGUCUUGGACAAUCUCCGAUGCCUUGUUGACCCUGACGAGCUUGUGCAAUCCAAGUACGUUUCCUCCGAUGUGAUGGACACCGAAGGUAACGUCAUGAUCACCAUUGGUAUCUCGCCAUACCUACCUGGUGGUGCAAACAACGUCGCCUCGAGACCUGCCUGCGAUAACGAGGAGUUUUAUUUCUCGGGAACUUGCGUCAGUUAG